AUGUCACGCGCACGCAGAUCCACCCGCCUCACAGGCGGUAAGACAAAGUAUACGAAUGACCCCUUCGAGGCAGCAGGGGUAAGCGACGAGUCAGACAACGGGUCCAAGGUACCCAAGGGAAGAAAAGAACAAGCCAGCGACGAGUCCUCCGACGAGGAAUUCCAAGCCAAUGACGAGCAAGAAGAAGAGGAAGACGAUGAGGAGGGGUCCGAAGAGGACGUAGCUGGGGAAAAUGACGGCGAAGAAGCCGACGAGGAAGAAUAUACCUCUGACCGCGGUCGCGGUGCCCAAAAGACUGUUGUCUCUCGACCGAGACACCAGAAGAAACGGCUCGGUAAUGACCUUGCUAUGCUGUCGAAGGAUGAGAUGCAUUCGCGGGGUACUCAUAGCUCGAUGGAGCAUAUGGGGAAGAUGCUCCAUAUGACGAUUACGUUUGGGACUGAUGAGAAGGAUCUCUUGUCUAUUGUUUAUGCGCGGGAGCGGUGGUAUCGGGGUGUUGAUUCUGGGUUUCCGAGUCGUGCUUCGCUGAAUGAGGCGCCGGAUGUGCCGGAUUGUGGCUUUGGGCCGACUUUUGGAGUUGAGCCGGAGGAUAUGAAGAGGGAGAGGACGCGCGGGUGGGAUUGGUAUUAUGAUGGGGAUGUGGGAGAGAGGUUUAGGAAGCGUCAGCGUCUGGAAGCCAUUACUGAGAAAGAAGUUUAUCAGAAGUUCAUUCCGCAGGCUAAGGAGAAGAAGCAUACAGUGCUGAUUGGGCCUGUUGAUGAUCAGAAAGUGUUCACAUUAGGACAUCAUGAGUCUUUCAAUUUUGGAGAAGCUUUUGGAGAGACUAAGGCGAAAGCGAAAGCAAAGCCGGGCACUGGUGGCAAGUCAAAAGGGCAGAAGGUUCAGUGUAUGGCAUGGGCUCCAAAUCAACCCGGCCUCACACAGUAUCUGGCCGUGUCUACGCCGAUAUCAAAAGGAGAGAAAGAAAAGUAUCCGGACCCGUUCAAGGACCGUGGUGCUCGAGCAUUUAGGCCUUCUCCUCCGUAUCCAUGUGCCUUGCAGCUCUGGAUGUUCAAGGCUGAGAGGGAGGAGUCACUUACAAAGCACAUUGAUAUGAACUUCAAACCAAAACUACGACUGGCCCUUUGCACUAAUUGGGGUGAUCUAAGACGAAUGGCCUGGUGUCCAGUACGUCGAGACCCUCGGGAAGAGGAUGAUGAUGACGUCUUGAAAUCUGUCGGGCUUCUUGCUGGUAUAUGGGGAGAUGGAUAUGUGAGGGUCCUUGAUGUCAAGCUUAGCCGCGACCCGAACAAGACUGAAUACUGGCUCCUACCUCAUACUAACGUUCCGAUAGACGCGGUGCAGUCCCCAGUCUUUGAAGCUAAGCCACCAUCGACUCUGUGUACAUGUUUAACAUGGCUCUCUCCGAGCGAUAUCGCUGUUGGUUGUGCCAACGGGUUCGUCGCUAUUUGGAGCAUUGUGCCUUCGCAGAACACUCCAUCCAACCCUUUCCCGUAUUUUUACCAACCAAUCCAUUCCACAUACGUUCUUAAUCUAGCGUCGGCUUAUCCAACAAAUGCUCAUCUAAUAACGACUACGUCCAUGGACGGAGAGACACGGCUAUGGUCGGUUUUAGAUCCCCAAACAGACACGGUGGAGUCUAACCGCAUGCGAGUGGGAUCGCCUUACUUAACGUACUCUCCUUUGCUACACUCAUUUCUCUCCAGCGACGAGAACGACUUCGCCCGACUUCUAGCCGUGCGACGAUUCUAUACUACGACGGCAGUAGCUAGAUUUCCCAGCACAGUUUCUUCGCUGGCCCCAUGCAGCGUCUGGCAUCCCAGCGUCAUGUACGGGUGCACUAGCGGUGCGGUCGUCGCGACGAAUCCCUUACGGCGAUUGUUGCACGUCAAAGAAAAGCAAUGGCAACAGACCUGGUUUACCCACGAGUGGGCGCGGGGUGACGACGCAAGCGAUCCAGGUAUCAGUAGGUUUCACGAUGGCUACCGUGCUGAGAGCAUUAGCCUACUACGGAACAUGAUGGGGGAUCGCAAGAUGGUGAACGGGGUUAUGAUGAUCACGAUCUAUGAAGAGGGAACGCAUGUUACCGCACUCUCCUGGAAUCCAAAUCAGGCAUGCGCAGGGUGGGCCAGUGCUGGUAUGGGCUGCGGACUGAUUCGAGUGGAGGAUCUGGCUACGUAA